AUGCCUGGCAUAUCACCUGAGAUCAUAUCCCAUCGGCUAAGCAUUAAUCCUGCCGUUCGACUCGUUCGGCAGAAGCGUCAUGCUUAUGACCCAGAGCUAUAUGAGGCCAUGAGGGCAGAAGUGGACAAGCUAACUAGCAUUGAAUUUAUCAAGGAGGUGGACUAUCCCACCUGGCUGGCCAAUGUGGUGAUGGUUCGAAAGGGCACAAAGGGCUGGCGCAUGUGUGUAGACUACACCAACCUCAAUCGGGCCUGCCCGAAGGAUAGCUUCCUCGUACCCUGCAUCGACCAACUAGUUGAUGCCACAGUUGGCCACGCCAUCCUCAACUUCAUGGAUGCUUACUCUGGAUACAACUAG